AUGCCACGAGUUAAAUCAUCCCCGAAGAAAUGUAUAAAAACGAAUUUGCAACAACCAGCUAAUUCGUGGAUAUUUCUUUUAAAAGGUGAAGCUUUAGAACUGUCUGACCAAUAUACUGGUAGUGGAACUCCAGAUAUUGUUACUUUGAGGCAUCCAAAUACUGGAGAGUCGGCUGUAUUCUUAUUUUCUCCAGCAAAUAAUUCCGUGCAAGAAGUUUUAACAUUCAAUGAAGGCAAAAGAUCAUGGUUCAUAGAUGAAACUGUAAAAAGCGAUGGAAAGUUGCAUCUUUCUACCCCUAUAGAUCCUAUAUUUUUAGUACUUCCAUACCUUAGGAAAUAUUGUACGAAUCAGGCAAUACCUUUAGACCAGUUGUUAAGAGACGAAGAGUUUCCAGAAACUGAGAGACUACUUAAGUCUAGUGGUCUCAAGUACUUGAAUUUAAUUGCAGAUAAAAAGGGAGAUGAAGAACUCAAUGCCUUCAAAUAUAAUGAAGAAAAAACACUGACUUGGUUAAAAAAGAAAACGGAACGUGUAUCUGAAAUACUCAAGCAAAAAAACAUAAACGUGUCAGGAGGUGCUAUCUCGGCCACUUACGUCAAAGCAACUAGAGGCGAAUCCAUAGACAACAAUGCCUAUUUGAAAUACGCACAUGGCAUUGUUUCUGAGUAUCUAAUGGACGAUUUGAGCCAAAAAUUAUUAAGAUAUUUGAAUUUACCCGAAGAUACUUCAGUUCCAAACUUAAAGAGGAAAAGUGUGGCUUUAACAUCUGGUGAACCAAAAAAGGUUAAAGUUGAAGAGGAGUUCAAAAGUACUAGUUCUUCAAAUAUUUUAGAUUUAAGUAAGCCAGACGGUAAAGCAUUGGCCAAAGAAAAGGCCAGAGCUAAGGCUGCCAGUGGUAGCAAAAACAUAAGUUCGUUUUUUAAGAAAGCUUAAUAAUUUUCUGCCAG